CGAAAUUACGUGGAAGGGAAUCGUGGCGGGGUCAAGCGAAGUUGGAAGGAGGCUUCCAAUUCAAACCAAGAAUUGCUCAAAGUCACAACACAAUCGCAAACAUUCAGCGCUUUUCUUGACUUUGGAGAUUCACCAUUCUUUUUACUCAACUCGAUUUCUGACCGGUGCAGAAGAGCUGUUGGAAGGACGGAUAUUGUCUUGCGACAGCGACGGAACCAAGCAUUCAGCCCACCAAACCUACCCCUCGUCGGCGCGUUUUUACCUGAUUGCCCAACAACAAGCACGAUUUGAGGCUGGCGCAUUUCGAUAAACCAAAGCUCAUCAUCAAAAGGUCUCAUUAUGAACGUGAUCAAGCUUCAGAGGAAGUAUCCUCAAUUCGCGCAGGAUGAGAUCUUUGGCCUUCAAGAUGCAUUUCGCAAGCUAGAUGUGGAUGACAAGGGAUACAUUGACGAGGCGACUGCGAUCAAGGCAACUCAAAGUAGUGAGAGACAACCAUACGAUGUGGUCCGUCAGGCAUUAAAGGAGGUUGAGCUGGACUCUUCGAGGAGAGUCGAGUUGGAUGAUUAUGUUGGGCUUGUUUCCAAGCUCCGCGAAUCUUCUCCAGCUCAGAAGCGAGUAUCUACCGGCCCGGUAUCUCCAGCUCGUGGUGGAAUGGUCUCGCAACAAACGGGAGGUGGACAUGCUUCGAAAGGAAGUGUCAGUGGACGCAUUCAAGUCCAAGGGUCUUCAGCAAAUGUCACUCACACCAUCAACGAGGACGAGAGAACCGAGUUCACAAGACAUAUCAAUGCUGUCUUGGCUGGCGAUCCAGAUAUUGGAAAUCGGCUGCCAUUCCCCACGGACACCUUCGAAAUGUUCGAUGAGUGCAAGGACGGAUUGGUGCUGGCCAAGUUGAUCAACGACAGUGUGGCAGAUACUAUUGAUGAGCGUGUGUUGAACCGACCUGGCAAGAAAAUCAAGACCUUGAACGCCUUCCAUAUGACCGAGAACAACAACAUCGUUAUCGAAUCUGCGAAAGGUAUUGGUUGUUCAGUCGUGAACAUUGGAAGUGGAGACAUUAUCGAGGUUCGAGAGCAUUUGAUCUUGGGCUUGAUUUGGCAGAUCAUCCGAAGAGGUCUUCUAAGCAAGAUUGAUAUCAAGCUUCACCCAGAAUUAUACAGACUUUUGGAGGAGGACGAGACUUUGGAGCAGUUCUUGAGACUGCCUCCGGAGCAAAUUCUGCUGAGAUGGUUCAAUUACCAUCUAAAAGCUGCAAAUUGGCCUCGCAGAGUUCAAAACUUCUCCAGCGAUGUCAAAGAUGCCGAGAACUACACAGUCCUACUUGCUCAGAUUGCUCCUGAGCACUGCGAUCGAGGACCACUCCAAACACGCGAUCUUCAUCAGAGAGCAGAGCAGGUCCUUCAAAACGCUGACACCCUUGGUUGCCGGAAGUUCUUGACUCCAUCAUCCCUCGUAGCUGGAAACCCGAAGCUUAACUUGGCGUUUGUCGCAAACUUAUUCAACACUUGGCCAGCAUUAGAUCCUAUCACCGAGGAGGAGAAGCUUCAAGUGGACGAUUUUGACGCAGAGGGCGAGCGGGAAGCAAGAGUCUUCACCCUUUGGCUCAACAGUCUCGACGUUCAACCAGCUGUCAACUCGUUAUACGAUGACUUACGAGACGGCACAAUCCUUCUGCAAGCCUAUGACAAAGUUGUGAAAGGUUCAGUUAACUGGCGUCACGUGAACAAAGCUCCAGCACACGGUGGAGAGAUGUCAAGAUUCAAAGCAGUCGAGAACACAAAUUAUGCUAUCGAGCUUGGGAAGCAGAUGAGAUUCUCGCUCGUGGGAGUCCAAGGAGCAGAUAUCACCGAUGGACAACGCACCUUGACCCUUGGUCUCGUCUGGCAACUCAUGCGUAAAGACAUUUCUGAGACUUUGUCAGCACUCGCUCAACGAUUAGGCAAGCGCGAAAUCACCGAUUCUGAAAUGGUAAAAUGGGCAAAUGAGAUGUCUCGAAAAGGCGGCAAGAGCUCUGCCAUCCGCUCAUUCAAAGAUCAAACCAUUGGCUCCGGUGUUUUCCUGCUUGAUGUCUUGAACGGGAUGAAGAGCAGCUAUGUCGACUACGAUCUUGUGACACCAGGCAGAACAGACGAUGAUGCAUAUCUGAAUGCUAAGCUCAGUAUCAGUAUUGCGAGAAAGAUGGGUGCGACCAUCUGGUUGGUACCAGAGGAUAUUUGCCAAAUCAGAAGUCGAUUGGUUACUACUUUCAUUGGCUCUCUAAUGGCGACGCACGAGAAGAUGCAGUAGAGAGGGAUGAAUGCAUGAGUGAGACAAUUGAGUUUCUGGUUCAUACACCGAGAGUUUAUGGUGGAUGGCAUUUUCGUGAGCAGGCUGUAGAAAAGUUUCCGUAUGCGUGGGAGGAAUUCUUGGUACUAUUACGAGCAAUGAAAUUCUUUAAGCGCAAAGAGAAAUGCAAGUCAUGCUCUCAGUUGUUUAUUGUAUCCCACGCUCUUGGGAGCCCAGGAGCAGACACACAUGGGAUCAUUGGACGUUGAACAUUUUCAUUCUAGAUCCAAAGGACUCUCUGUUUGGUAA